GCGCUGAUGGUCGGCUCGAGAGUGUAGUUGGGCAUAUUAUCUGAACAAGCUUUGAAGCUUCCUUCUAUGCCAGUGUGUAUAAAGGUAGCUUCGAAACAAGAGACGUUCUUACUUUAACAAGCUUCGAUCGUUCGAGAUACUUGAAUAUUUUUCGAUCUUCUUUCACCGGCAAGAUACAUUGGCGCGAUGAAUUUUAUCUACGGAUUUCUUCUCGUUUUCGGAGUCGCUUAUGUCGCUCCAGGCGUUCAAUCGACAUGUCAUAUUCCGGAUGCUAAGAUCGAUACGCCAUGGGUAGACAUGGUUCGAUCAUGUACCGACGAAUUGAAGGACCAGGUGAAAAUGGAAAUCGGCGCGUCCAUGACAUAUCUCGCCAUGGGUGCUUACUUUGCACGUGACAGUGUAAGCAGACCUGGAUUCAGCAAGUUGUUCAUGCAUGCAGCCGAUGAAGAACGUGAACAUGCAAUCAAACUUAUAGAAUAUAUGUUAAUGCGAGGAGACGUAACUCAGGAUUUCCAGAAUCUACUCCCAGCACCGCUGACUGCUCCGAAAAUGAAUUGGUUCAACGGAGCACAAGCACUUAAAGAUGCUCUUGCCAAGGAAGUCGAAGUUACUACGAACAUUCGAAAAGUAAUUUCCAACUGCGAAACACCACCAAAUGCAGCUAAAAACGAUUAUCACUUGGUAGAUUAUCUUACCGCCGAUUUCCUGGAUGAACAAUACAGAGGGCAGCGUGAUCUAGCUGGAAAAUACACAACCCUUCAAAAAAUGGUAAGCUCCUACGGACCGAUUGGAGAAUUUUUGUUUGACAAGAAACUGCUCAACGGAGAACUAUAAACAAUAUCGUUUGAUGCAGGAGACAAGGAACAUGUUUAAUUUUCCUUUUAUUAAAAAUCGGUCAUAUUUAGAACUAAUUGUAAAUGGCAACUUGAAUUGGAUUCUAUCGCAUACAGUAUGCUCGUGUAGUUACUUGGUUUUCCAAUGUCCCUUGUUCAUUACGUAACAACAAAUUCAUAAGGUGUAUUCCCAUAUAAAUCACCAGUGCUAGAAAUUCUCUCUAAGUAAGCCAUAGCCUAGCAAUAAUUCAGUAGUGUAAGAAAAAUACAAUCCUGCAUCAUUAUUUCUGAAUAUGGCUGUAAGUCAUAAGUGCGCGUCAUAGUUUUAAGACAAGGUAUAAAGAAGAAAGUUCAUAUUCUUCGUAAAUCAGUGAUUGAAUGUCAUAUUGUAAACGACAAUGAGUGAAUAAAGAAACACCGCAC